CUCUCAUCGUCAUUUCAACGCAAUCUUACCAAUUUUAAUCGAUCGAUUUGAUUUCCAAGAAGAUAUAUAGAUCGAUCAGUCUUACCAUUCCAAAUUAAUAAAUUAAUUAAGACGGAUCCCAAUCAAUCCGGAUUACUAAUAUUCCUAGCUAGCUAGCUAGCUGAUAGGAUAUAGGAGAUGGCUAUGAGUUUGCCACACCAAAUUGGAGCACUGUCGGGAACGACAAUCGCGGCUUUGGAAUCGGGAAACUCGAAUGGGGAGCCAGUAUCAACGACAGUGAGUGCUCCUGCAGGAUGGAGGUCUCCAGCGGCAAGCCUCAAGUGCUCGGUGCGGAGGCAUGGGGAGAUCGACGGCCGGAUUUCUCCUUCUCCGCCUCUGAGUCCUAGAAUCGGGGGUAUCCGGCCGGAUCUGUCAGUGGCGUGCCAGGCGUUGAUGCAGGCUUCAUCCGCUGCUGCAGUGGAGACCGAGGAAGAGGUUGUGAAGGAGUAUACAGAGGGAUUUCCCGGUGGAGGAGGCGUGCAUGUUAACGGCGAGGGUGUUCCUGUUUUCGUGAUGAUGCCCUUGGACAGCGUGACGAUGGGUAACACGGUUAAUAGAAGGAAAGCAAUGAAUGCGAGUUUGCAGGCGCUAAAGAGCGCCGGGGUUGAAGGAAUCAUGAUGGACGUAUGGUGGGGGUUGGUUGAGAGAGAAUCGCCUGGGGCUUACAACUGGGGAGGGUAUGUGGAACUGUUGGAGAUGGCCAAGAAGCAUGGCCUCAAGGUUCAGGCAGUAAUGUCUUUCCAUCAAUGCGGUGGGAACGUAGGCGAUUCCUGCACUAUUCCUCUUCCAAAAUGGGUUGUGGAGGAAAUGGAUAAAGACCAAGACCUCGCCUACACAGAUCAAUGGGGAAGAAGGAACUACGAAUACUUAUCUCUUGGCUGCGACACUCUUCCAGUCCUAAAAGGUCGUACCCCUGUUCAGUGUUAUGCCGAUUUUAUGCGAUCUUUUAGAGAUCAAUUUCAGCAUCUCCUUGGUGACACUAUUGUGGAAAUCCAAGUUGGAAUGGGGCCGGCAGGUGAGCUUCGAUACCCUUCAUAUCCCGAGCAAGAUGGAACGUGGAAGUUCCCCGGCAUCGGAGCAUUUCAGUGUUAUGACAAGUACAUGCUGAGUAGCUUAAAGGCUGCAGCUUCAGCUGCUGAUAAAGCAGAAUGGGGAAGCACGGGACCAACUGAUGCAGGGAGCUAUAAGAACUGGCCGGAAGACACGACCUUCUUCCGGAAGGAAGGUGGUGGAUGGAACAGCGAAUACGGUGAAUUCUUCCUCGGCUGGUACUCUCAGAUGCUGCUUGACCACGGAGAAAGAAUACUGACUUCAGCCAAGUCCAUAUUCGAAAAGAGCGGCGUAAAAAUGUCUGUGAAGGUUGCAGGUAUCCAUUGGCACUACGGGACACGAUCCCACGCACCGGAGCUGACGGCAGGUUACUACAACACGCGUUUCCGCGACGGAUACCUCCCAAUCGCGCAGAUGCUGGGUCGACACGGAGCGGUAUUCAACUUCACGUGCAUCGAGAUGCGCGAUCACGAGCAGCCUCAGGACGCCCAGUGCUCUCCAGAGAAGUUGGUGCAGCAAGUUGCGUUGGCGACUAGAGAGGCUCGGGUACCUUUGGCGGGAGAGAACGCGUUGCAGAGAUACGACGAGUACGCUCACGAGCAGAUCCUAAGAGCGUCGGCGUUGGAAAUGUUGGAAGGAGGUGGAGGAGAGGAGAUGUGCGCGUUCACAUACCUUAGGAUGAAUCCGGAGCUGUUCCAACCGGAAAACUGGAGGAGGUUUGUGGGUUUUGUGAAGAAAAUGAAAGAAGUGGGGAAGAAGGACAGCAAUAAGUGCUGGGAGGAAGUUGAGAGAGAGGCGGAGCAUUUUGUGCACUUGACUCAACCACUCGUUCAGGAAGCUGCCGUUGCUUUAACGCACUAACUACUUUUGUGCUCUAUGCUCCUGCUGCUGCUGCUGGUUCUUCACUUCAUUAGAACAAGCUUAAAAAGAUAGAUUUUGAUCAAGGUCAUGUAAUAAAUAAUAAUAAUAAUAAUAAUGUACACUGAAUUGAAGAAGAUGAAGAUUGGUUACAGGAGGAGGAAGUCCCAAAUAUAUAUAUGUAAUGUAUUAAUACUUAUGACAGACAACAUUAUUGUAUAUUUUCUCUUUUUCUUUUAUGGACAAACUAUAUAUGCAUCCUAAAUUUGUGUUUA